AUGAAAAAACUCUCCAUCAAAAACUUAGGCUCGCAAAUUUUCUCUUUUAGUAACGUGCGUAUAAAAAAAUGUAAUUUUUACAGUAAUAAAAAAAAAAAAAAUGAACUGUUCAUAAAUUCGAAAAGUGAUCCUAACCUAUUGAACUCGAAGGAAGAUUUUGACGAUGUACAGUUUGAUGAUAGAUUUGCACCAGGGUUCAGUUUUGACCUGAAUAUUGAGGAUAAAAAAUGGAAGGAAGAGGAAAAAAACGAAUAUAAAAAGUUUAUGAAAAGGGUACAAAAUGGUAACAUCACACCCAGUAAAUUAUACCAAACUGAAGCGAUGGAAAAUGUAAAGGAGGACAGAGAAAUGGUAGACCAGAUAAGGGACGACACAGAACCGAUUAACCAGUCAGACUUCGCUAUUGACAGAAUUACUGAGAACAUUUAUAUUACUGAAAAAAGGGAGGAUAGUGAAAUGAAUCCAUAUGAACAUACUAAUAGCUCUAGCAAAUUCGAAGCAGUGGUACAUAACUACUAUGAGGAAAAAAAGUAUGAUAAAAAUAUUAACACACAGAAGAAAAAAGAUGUUAAUAAAAAUAUAAACGAUAAGUACAUAGAAAAACAGAUUCAUCACCCACUGUGUUAUAAAAAAAACAAUGCCACUAGUAAUAAAUUAAUUGAAGAAUCAAAUCAUAGCGACCUUUUUAAAUUCCUUGUUAAUAGCAAGGAACAGAAUAUUGAACGGAUGAAAGUCAUGAUAAAUACUCUUAAAAAAAGAAAGAAUAUAUUACUUGAUGUAGAAGAUGAAUACAGGGAUAAGUUCUUCUCUAUACUUUUGUCCAAUGUGGAAAGAAUACCAUAUGAAGAUUUAAUUUAUACAAUUGAUAUUUUGUACGAGUUAAAUAUUAAAAAUGUAGUUAGGGACUUGUCGUAUGAAGUGAUAAAAAUGGUAAAAAACGAGAAGAUAACGAAUAACAAGAUAACGAAUAACAAGAUAACGAAUAACAAGAUAACGAAUAACAAGAUAACGAAUGACAAGAUAACGAAUGACAAGAUAACGAAUGACAAGAUAACGAAUGACAAGAUAACGAAUGACAAGAUAACGAAUGACAAGAUAACGAAUGACAAGAUAACGAAUGAAAUGAUAACUAAUGAAAUGAUAACUAAUGAAAUGAUAACGAAUGAAAUGAUAACUAAUGAAAUGAUAACGAAUGAAAUGAUAACUAAUGAAAUGAUAAGAAAUGAAGAAGACGAUUAUCAACGUGAGCAACGCAAAAUAAAGCUGUGCCUGCAUUAUGUAACUACAUUAAAUAAGUGCUCCCUAUAUUUUGCAGAUUUUUAUGAUUUUUUAAUUACCAAAAUUAAUUACAUGAAUAAUAAUGAGUUAGUUAUAUUUGCCAAUGAAUGCUUCAAACAUAGCUUAAGAACGAAGCAUUACCUCGAUAAGAUUGUAAUUCUAUGUGUACAGAAGGUAAGCGAGUUCGACCUACAUACACUACAAUCUCUCUACUAUUCAUUUCACUGCUUUUGUAAAGAAUAUUCAAAUUUUUAUAAUUCCUCAUUAACUAUUAUGAUGACCAAUGUGGACAAAUUUAAUAUACCCUUUUACCGUCUCUUAUUAAAAAUAGCUAGCCACUUCAAACACGAGGAAAAGUAUAUAAAUUUAAUUGCACUGGUUAGUAACCGGCUAAGUGUGCAUGUGCGAAAUUUAAAAGAAGGAAAAGAAGUGCUCACAAAAUGCAGUAUUUAUAAAAGCGCCGAUUUAAUGAUGACUGGAACGGGGGAUAUGCAACAUAAAGAAGGAAAACUUGACAAGGGCAUAGAAAAUGGGAGUUAUCAUAAUUUUUUCCUAGAGGAACAACGAAAUGACGGUAGAAGGGGGCAGACGAACGAUACGGCUAACACAUUUGUUGAAGAUUCCAAAAAUACCGUAAAAAUGGAGAUGGUCAAAGGUAGAGAAGACGAAGAAAAAGUAGAGGCAGGAGGAGUGAAAGAAGUCGUAGAAACAGAAGAGGCAUACAAAGGUGGGAACGCAGUAGCAGAGAUCGUGCAUCCCCAGCAAUAUAGCUCGAAACUGAUGAAGUGUAAAACGGAGGAGAAAAUAUUUACGGGCAGUGAACUUAAGGAGGAUGAAAAAAGCAUUAACGAGAAGAGCAUUCAAAUAAUAAAGUGUUUAAGAUACUUGGAGUAUAGUAAAAGAAACAGGGAAGAAGUGAAAAUUGUAGUGAACGAUAUAUUCGAGUUAAUGAAAGAAAAUAUGGAAUGUAUAAAAUUAUUAGAGAUAGAAGAUGUAGUCUAUUGUAUUGUUUGUUUCUCUUCAUAUAAUAAAAGAAUAGUAUUAUAUAACAACUUAUUAGAUAUAUUAUGUGAGAGAUCAAAUGAAUUAUUACAUGCAAAAAACAUUUCUUUAUGGGCAAUACCAAUUAUAAGCUUAUCAAAAAUAGCAUGGUUUCAUUUGAAUUAUAUGACAUAUUUAUUUGAUUGUAUAAAAGACAAUUAUGUAUUAAAUCGUUUGAAUGUUUUUCAACUGCUGAAAUUGUUAUCAUCUCUUGUUAAAAUGAAUAUAUAUGAUGAAAAUAUUUACAAAAUUUUAAUUGAGAAAUUGUAUAAUGAUUGGGAUACCAUAAAAAAAAAAUUUAUUGAUAUAGCUACUUUUUUAUGGUCAUGUGCAUAUGUUAAUAUUAUAUAUAAACCAUUAUUUGAUAGUUCCUAUAAGUUGAUAAUAAAUUUUUUAGAAAAACAAUCACUAAGUAAAGAUGCAAUUGUAUAUAAAAAUUGUUUUGUUAAUAUUACUUGGUCAUUAAUUGUUGCUAAUUAUCAUAAGACACAAAAUAAUUUUGACAAAAUUUUAAAUAUAACCUUUUUAAAUAGAGACCCUAAUGAUUCUCAAGCGUUUAAAAGACUUCAUCAAAUUGCUGAUGCAUGUUUUAAGGAAAUACCGAAAAGCUUAAUUAAUUUAAAAUGUGUAGAUAACAUGUAUAAAUAUUGCAUGCAUGAAAAAUGUAAAAUUUUGAGAAAUGAUUUUAACAUAUAUAAAAAGGAAAAGGAUGCUAUAAAAGUUAGAAAUAAAAUAUUAAAUGAAUUAAUUCAAAUAUUAAAGAAUUUCAAUAUUUCUUAUGAUGUUCAAUUCGAGCCAUAUAAUAAUUGCCCUUAUAUAAUUGAUAUCCUUCUUAAUAGAGAAAUGAAAAUUGGCAUAUGCCUUUUUGGAAAGGAACAUUUAAUGAGAACUUUGAAAAAAUCCUGCUGGGAUUACCUCAACACCGGCUUCGUCUCUCUGCAGAUGAGAAUCCUCUUCGCGCACGGUUGGCGGAUUAUCCCUAUCAACGCGGGAACGUGGCUUCAACUGAACAAUGAUGAGAAAAGGACCUUCUUAUAUGAAUGUUUCAAGCGACAUUCCAUCCAAAUAUAA